GUGAUCUGGCAGCCGCCGCAAGUAGACAACCGUCCUACGAGCGGAAUAUCCGAAGCCACAGCGCUGAUGGUGUAUCUCAUGCAGCGAGGGGUCCGCACGAUCCUGUUCUGCAAGAUCCGAAAAGUGUGCGAAAUUGCGAUGAAGAAUGUGCGGCUGCAACUGAGCAAAGAGGGCCGGUUUGAUAUCCUGGACCGGGUCCAGUCGUAUCGGGGAGGAUAUUCGCGCGAGGUCUUGCUUCCGCUUCUAGUCGCAGGCUAUUGGACUGACCUCUGCAGGACCGCCGCCGUAUCGAGCAGGAUGCAUUCAGUGGCCGCUUGCUGGGAAUAGUGGCUACGAAUGCACUCGAGCUGGGAGUCGACAUCGGCGUCCUCGAUGCAGUGGUCAUGCUGGGUUUCCCAGUUUCACUUGCCAGCUUUAGACAACAAGCGGGCCGAGCUGGGCGCCGUGCGCGAGACUCAUUGGCGCUAUUUGUCGCCGAGCACCUGCCUGUGGACCAGUAUUUUGCCAAGAAUCCUGACGAGCUGUUUGACGGCGUGAUCGCAGAUCAAGUUAUCGAUCUGGACAACCAGAUUCUCCUAGAGACUCAUCUGCAAUGUGCUGCACAGGAGAUGCCGAUCUGCGAUGACGACAGUGUAUUCUUUGGACCUUUGAUGAAGUCGAUAUGUGAAAGCAAGUUGCGCAAGGACGCUGAGGGCUGGUAUCACACGCAUCCCAAUCUCCUCCCCUCGCCCGGCAGGAAUAUUUCCAUCCGCGGCAUCCAGACGCAGGAUCUGUACGCCGUCAUCGACAUGACCUUGGUGUGCCUGUGAUGCUCGAAGAGCUGGAGCUCCUACGAGCCAUGUUUGAGGUGUACGAAGGCGGGGUCUUUUUGCACCGCGGCCGGACAUUCGUGGUGCAAGACGUCAAUCACGAUAGCAGAAUCGCGAGAGUCACGCGCGCGGAUGUGAAUUGGGUGACCGCCCCGCGCGAUUUUACGGAUGUCGAUGCGAUUCAGACUUGGAGGAUCAAGCAGGUCGGUGCAUGGAGGGCCUGUUAUGGGCGGGUCCAUGUGCAAGUGAUUGUAUUCGGAUUUUACAAAAUCCGACACAACACGAUCCUGGAUGCCGUCGCGCUGGACACUGCACCCUGGUCGCAUACUACCACAGGGUUCUGGAUCGACUUGCCCGCCGCAACUCUAGCGCUGCUGCGGCUCAAGCGAUUUCUGCCCGCCGCGGCAAUCCAUUCCGCGGCGCACGCCGUUCUGAACGGCUUUGUUUUCGCGGAUGUCAAGACGGAGUGUAAAGCAGCAGAGAAGGAGUUGCUGAAGAAGGACAGCAAACGAAAGCGGCCGGCGAGGUUGAUUUUCUACGAUUCGGUCGGCUUGGAGGGCGUCAGCCGCAAUGCGUUCGACCAUGGUUUGCUACGGUUUCUCCUUCACUACGUUAGUCUGAUUUCGUUCAGUGCAUGAC